AUGUACAUUCCACCCCAAGGCAUCUACUUCAGACUGGUCGGCCAUGCCAGCCAGCACGUUCUGUUUUCGCGGAACCAUGCAGACCCUGAAUUCUGGCACUACAAAGGGCCGGAAUACGAAGACCAGCUUUUCACACUGAUCUACGGUACGGGCUCGCGCGCGGGGCUCUACGCUAUCAAGAGCAAAAGGACCGGGAAAGUGCUCUUUUCGCGCACCUCCCAGGAGCCUUUCGUUGGACACAUUGACGGAAACGGCGCUUACAGUGACAACUGGUUCAACCUCGAAGAGGGAAGCGGCACAUAUGCGAAGUUGUUCCGCCUCCUGUACCCUGCGACGGGCGUCGUUAUCUUCUCGCGCACGACGUUAGACCCUCAGGUCGGGAACUGCACCAAGGCUAACAUCUAUUCCGACCAGUACUUCAGUUUCGCUUUUGAGGAUAUGGUUGUUAAGAGCGUCGAAUAUGAUGUCGCGCUUGGCAAGAUCCUCAACGUGAUUUCUCACGUUCUGGCGGACCAUACACUUAGGAACAACUCCUACCACGAGCAGGAGGUGGCGUUUGACUUUUCGGAGAACAUCACCCAUACUUCGACAUUUGAGUACACGACUGGGUUCGCGAUUACCGCGGGGACUGAGUUUUCAGCUGGAAUCCCUUUCGUCUCCGAGGGAAAGAUCAGCAUUGGAGCGUCUCAGAGCAACGAAUGGAAAUUCGGCACCCAAAACACGUUCACGAGGACCUACGCAGCACAUUUCCCCGGCGUGAAGGCAGGGCCUCACCAGACUGUUCACGCAGUGUCGGCUGUUCAGCAGGGCACGCUCGAGGUGCCGUACACCAUCCACCUCGCCUCGAAGAGUGCGGGGGUUGAAGUGGUUACGAAAGGCUUAUGGCAUGGAGUUUCGUCGUGGGGAUUACAUCAUGACAUUACGUAA